AAACACAAACUUUCUGGACAUUUUGUCAGUUCAUGGUGAAAAUCCGAUCCCUAGCUGCUGAUCUACAUGACCCUGGAUUCAUCUUCUCUAUUCUGAAUGGUUGAGCAGCAUACUUUCUGUUAAUUCAACUGAUCAACUAACCCUAUUACUGAAGAUUGAAACUAAAGAUUGAAAGUCUCCCAGGCGCGUAACUUGUUGGUCGUCACUCAUUGUCCUGUUAUUGUUAUGGUUGGUUUGUGUUUUCAAUGUAUGGCUUGUGAAGUUUUUUACCCUCUUCCAUACUGUAUGUAUCCAUGAGCUAUAUCAAGAGAUAAACAUCACAAUUUUCUUUAGUAAACCGCCAACAGAAAAUUUUUUUGUAAUUAUUCCUUGAAGACCAUCUCAACAACAAAUGCUAUUGGUGAAUCGUUUAGGUUGACAAAUUCACCUUAUGCUCAUUGUUAGGAAAACUUAUUUCUGUCGCGGGAAGGGUGUUUUAUUGUUACUCUUCAUACGGUAAAAAGUGUAUAGACUUCCUUGUAUUUCAAAGCAUAUUCACAUGUUUUCCCUCCUAGACUAGGUCAUCAGUCACUGGAUUAGGUUGCCUGUAAUUCAAGAAAAAAAUAUACAUUUCAACGUAUCACGACUGCCUGUCAUCAUUAACGUUAAGCUCAUCAGCAAAAGUCCUGUCUCGUGGUCUUUAGUAUGAAACAACCUGAGAAAAAAUCAGUCGGAAGCAACUUUUAGAGUAAAACAGUAGAAAGCUUGUUCACACUGACAGAAAUCUACCACAUAUACAGAAAAAUACUAACAUAGUUCAUUAGGCUCUUCAGUGUUAACAUUUAUAAGUGUAGAAAAUUUUGUUGUCGACUUCACCUUCAGUUUCUAAUCUGUAUGGCUUUUGAGAUCUAUCAUCACAUCGAUUUAGCCUAGUAGGAUAUUCCAGUAUACUAUCAACAAUUACUCAAUAAAGGUAAUAAAUACCUAAAUUUUUUUAAUAUUAAAUUAUCAUUGUACCCUCUAAUUUUUUAUGUUGCCAUGUCUUGGGUCAGUCUGGGUGUACUGAUAUUUAAUCCUUAUACUCCGACUAAUAGAUCUUGAAAUGAAAGACAAAAUUGCGAAUAAUUCGCUCUUUAGAACAGUUCGCUAGGGAAAUUUCGAUCCGUCUAUGUAAGAAUAUUCACAUUUCCAGUAUAUGCCACAUUCUAUCGAGAAUCUGGUUACCAACAGUGGAGUUUCGCAUGGAGUAGGGGCAUGCUUUCAAGUCCUAAUGCUGAUUUUCCCCCUUGGUAAUUUAGACUAAGGUCCUGGCCACUAGAAAAUAAUUUACACUAUUUACAUCUAAAUAUACUCUCAACAGCUUUUUUAUCAGAAGCAUUUUAUGCCAUUGAUCUCGAGACUUUAUUUAGGGACGUCGAUCGCUUGUUGUGACGCAGGAUAUUUCCUGGAUCGUGACUAAAUGGAUUACAGUCUGUUACGAGCCUUGUCAUUUUAUCUAACAGGGGUUUUUGUGGUAACAUCAGUUUGCUAAAAUAAGAAAAUAAUCCCCUCUGACUGUCUGUUAGUUGUUCCUUAGCUUGAAAGCUUCUGAUUUCGUGGUCAUAUUCAUUUAUUUCGUAUGGGCCACGUGCCUAUUUUCAAGUCACUGCAAAAUUUUUAAGAUGGGAACGUAAAAGAAUUGGGCCACAAGGGUUAUUCCAUAUGGACAUUAUGAGAUCUUUAUGACUAACCUGCUUGUUGAAAACGUUCAUGCAUACGUUGUUCUCUUCAUGUAGGUAAAAUACUGAUUGAAGGACUAUUCUGAGAACCUCCGAGUUACUAGUCCUUAAUUCGGUUCUCUAACAAACUUUGUAUUUUAUUAAUGGCUAUCCUUUAUUCGAGCAUAUUUUCAAGGUUCCAUGCUAAUUUUAAUCAUUUCAAAUGCUUGACUGCAACACCGUUCAGAUCAGCGAAUACAAAACGAUUAAAACGCAGCAAAGGCAAUAGUGAUAAUCUAGAAUCUGUUGAUACAUCAGGUGAUGUGUCUGACUAUGCAAAAUCUACAAACAUCGUAACGUCAAAGGAUCUCCUUAGCGAUUUCAUUAAAGAAUAUCGUCUCGAUAAUGACGCACCAACAACAAGAUUCGUCGAUCUUCCUUCACCGGCUAAUGUAAAUAUAUUCACUCAUGAAAAUGUCCUACCCGCUGAUUCUUGCAACUCAUUAAACCUCAUUUUUGAUGCUGUUGAGAAUUUGGAAGCCUCACUUUUCAGUUGCGCUCUUCCAAACAACCAGUUCGAAGAAUGGUUAAAGUGGACUGUCGAAAAGAAAAUGUGGAGUUUUCCAAUUAAUAAUGAACAAGAUUGGAAUUCCGAGUUAGAUGUACCUUUUCAUGAACAUGUAUUUCUGGAAAACCACCUAAAUAAGGAACAUCUCAAGUGUAAACCAUUGGCAUCGUUCUUGGAACUUGUUUGCACCGGGCUUUCGAAAAACCCAUAUUUUAGUGUUGACGACAAAAAGCAACAUCUCGAGUGGUUUACACAGUUCUUUGACGAUAAGAUAACACGAAUAAAUGUUUCCAUAGAAGAAGAAGAACAUAUGACCAAUUUGGAGAAAAUCUCUAGAGGAACUUCAACAUAAUCUAUUAAUCUGUACUUUUAAAAUAAACUGUUCUCUGGGAAAUUCUUAUGAUUUUUUAAGUUUUAGAAUGACUUACUAGUCACUUCAUUUUAAUCACUAUAACUGCCAGUGUUUAUAACCAAACUUGUAAUUGAAGGUAUGCAUUUAUUUAGUAUGUCGAAGUCGCUACUAAACAUGGAUAUUCCCAGUUUUAUUGGCGAAGCACUAGUUGAGGACCCCUUUCCUGAAGUAGCGGUCCAAGGUGUAUCAAAUGAAGCUUCAUUUAUUCUACAACGACCUGUUACCGUGAUUUUACAUUACUGUAUCCAUUUUCUACUGCGUCAGACAGCCAAUCUGCUACAACGUGGGACCGGGUUGCCAAGUAGUCUGCAUCUACCAAC